AUGGCAGAAUCAGCGUUUGCCUACCAUGAGCCAACGAUUCUCACUCUUCUCAACCAAGCUGGUCUUCUAUUGGUCUUGAAUCUAAUCAACGCCUGUCUUGACAAACUUCUAUACUGUGGCUUGAUCGGUCAAUUGGUUACCGGUAUCCUGUGGGGUACACCUGGAGCCAAAUGGCUCAACCGCGACAUGGAAACUGUGAUUCAGCAACUCGGCUACUUGGGAUUGAUCAUGCUCGGGUAUGAGGGCGGCUUGUCAACUCCCCUGUCUUCGCUCCGCGCCAAUAUGUACCUCGCUCUUGCUGUUGCCGUUACCGGAAUCAGUGUUCCUAUAGGACUGUCGUUUAUUCUCAUGGAAUUGGUUUCAGCAACGCCGCUCCAGGCAUUCACUGCUGGUGCGGCUCUCAGCGCGACAAGUCUCGGGACCACGUUCACUAUCCUUUCAACAACGCAGCUGAUCACCUCGCGCCUUGGCACUGUAACUACCAGUGCUGCGAUGUUUGAUGACGUUAUCGGCCUUGUGCUGGUUCAGAUCAUCUCAAACCUUGGCGGGAAUGGUGACUCGUUCAGCGCUGUGACUGUUCUCAGGCCGCUGUUUGUUUCGAUCGGGUUUGGUGUUGGCAUCGUCUUGGCGUGUAAAUUCGUGGCGCGCCCGAUUCUGAUCAAGAUUUUCGAGUCCAAAGGUAAGUUGCCAAAGUUUACUCACAAGCCUCAGUUCGCGUUUCUCGGAUAUAUCUUCUUGCUUCUAGGGUUGGUGGCUGGCGCUGCAUAUGCUGGGACGUCAAGUUUGUUCGCCGCAUAUCUUGCUGGUGUUAUCACAUCGUGGUUUGAUACAUUGAUAUACACAACUCCGGAUUCUACGGCGGCACAAUUGCAACAAAACAAUGACAGCCAUUCUCAAGACCAGGCUCAACCUGAACAAGCAGCCUCCUCCGGAACCUCCCGCCAAUCUCCCCGCUCAGGUAAGGAUGGUAAGAUUACUGGUCUGUACAUCUAUGAGCACUACCACCAUGGGCCCGUCAAUCGAAUCUUGAUUCCAAUGUUCUUUGCUUCAAUCGGCUUCUCGAUUCCAAUCAGAGACAUGCUCCGGGGAAAUGUUAUCUGGCGUGGUGUUGUGUAUGCUAUCCUGAUGGCCUUCGGGAAGAUGUGCACUGGACUGUGGCUAGUUAACCUUCCACCUGGUUCCGGCCUUCACGUCUUCGUUCGCGCUCUGAAGACACCUCUGAUGUACCCGGCUUCCUGUAUUCGGAGUCGCCCAUCAAAGGAAACUAGUGAGACAGGUCCUAUACAAGCCGCUACGAACAACCAACUCCGAGAAGCCACAGAAAAUGCGGAGUCCGAUGAGGUUGUUCAAAGCGCCAACGCGGACUCCCAGAGAAAUGCCAUCGCAACGGCAAAGGAUAAAGCAACUGUCCCCAAACAAGAGGAAGAACAACAUGCCACUGCCCCUCUGCCACCACCAAAGCCGAAGUCACUCUAUCCGGCCUCAAUCCUCGCAUUAGCCAUGACUGCCCGUGGAGAGAUAGGCUACCUCAUCGCCUCCAUCGCAGAGUCAAACGGUAUCUUUGGCGACACUUCUGAACAUUCUUCCGAGACCUAUUUAGUUGUCGUAUGGGCCAUUUCUCUCUGCACGUUGAUCGGACCCAUCUCGGUUGGAACCCUCGUCAAUCGAGUUAAAACUUUGCAGCAGGCACGUGCGAGCUCUGCUGGACCUGAUCCCUUGGGUGCCUGGGGAAUCUAA